AGAGAAGAGAGAAAGAGAGUAAUUUUGAAUAUUAAGAUAUGGAAAACAAUAGUAGUAUUAUUAAGGUUACAAAAAAGUUAGUACCAACAAUAUUAUUGAUAUGUUCUUUAAGUGUAAAUGUUAUUGUUUUUUUAAAGAGUGGAAGAAUUAAUUUUGAUGAAGAAAAAGAGGUAGUGAGUUGGAGUAAAAGGGCAGCAAUAGAAGGUGAGAGAGUGGCAGCAAUGUCAUGCUCUGGCCAUGGAAGAGCCUAUUUGGAUAGUUACAGCUUAUUAUCACUUGAUGAAGAAGAUGAUGAUGAUAAUGAAGAAAUGAGUGUUGUUUGUGAGUGUAAUACUUGCUAUACUGGCUCACAAUGUCACACCUUUAUUCCCUCUUGUCCUGCAAAUGCCCAAAGUGGAGAUCCAUUAUUCUUGGAGCCAUUCUGGAUAAAAAAUGCAGCUAGAAGUGCAAUAUUGGUAUCUGGUUGGCAUAGAAUGAGUUAUUACUUCAACCAAACAGGUUACAUGUCUAAACAACUCGAAAAUCGAAUUCGAAAUUUGCAUGACAUUGUUGGAAAUGCAGUCACUAAGGAAAAAUACAUCAUUUUUGGAACUGGCUCAACACAACUCAUCAAUGCUGCUAUUCAUGCCCUUUCACCAUCUCCUAAUAAUUCCUCUUCUCCUUCUCUAGUUGUACCUAUAAUCCCUUAUUACUUGCUUUACAAGCAACAAACAGAGUUUUUUCAAGAGGUAGAAUACAAGUUUGAAGAGGAUGCAUCUUUGUGGAUGAAGAAGAUGAACAACUGCUCUAAUGAUGAUAAUAUAAUUGAAAUAGUGACUUCACCAAACAAUCCUGAUGGGAAACUCAAUCGAGCUCGUCUUCAACACCCAAAUGCCAAAGCCAUAUAUGACAGAGUCUAUUAUUGGCCACAAUUUACACCCAUUUCAGCUCCAGCUGAUGAUGAUAUUAUGCUCUUUUCACUUUCCAAGCUCACCGGUCAUGCAGGCACUAGAUUUGGAUGGGCAGUGGUUAAGGAUGAGACUGUGUUCACAAAAAUGAAUGAAUACAUGAAUAUGAACACUGUGGGAGUUUCACACGAAUCUCAGCUAAGAACUCUACAACUUAUGAAAGUAAUUACUCAAGGGAAAAAAGAGGAAGAUGAAGAAGAGACGAUGUUUGAUUUUGGAUAUAAAACCAUGAAAAAUCGUUGGGAAAAAUUGAAUGAGAUUAUAUCAAUCUCAAAACGCUUUUCUCUCCAAGAAUUAGAAUCUGAUCAAUACUGUAAUUUCUUCCAUAAAAUUAGGGGGCCUUCACCAGCUUAUGCAUGGUUGAAGUGCCUAAGAAAAGAAGAAGAAAAAGAUUGCUAUGAAACUAUGAGAGCAGCAAAUAUAUUGGGUUGUAGAGGAAGCAAUUAUGGUGCACAAGAAAAGUAUGUAAGACUUAGCCUUAUUCGAAGCCAAGAUGACUUUGAUCAUCUAUUACACCAACUCAACAUUUUGAUCUCACAAGAACAAAAUUACACUGCCAAAUCUAUAUCAUAAUUAAUCAAAUUACUAUUGCUAUUACUAAGUGAUUAGUAGUAUUUGUAAUUUUUCAUAUUCACUAUUACAAAUUAAAAGUUUUUACAGUGCUUUUAUUUAUCUCGGUUUGUAGAAACAUGAAACAUGAUACUUAUUCCUGUUAAACUUAGAGUCGGCUUUUAGAUUGGAUGUGUUUUAGAAAAAUAAAAUAAAAUUAUUGAUCUCUUUCAGUAUUUUUGAAUACUGCUAAAAGUAUGUAUAUUUUUAAAAGAAUGAUAUUUUUUGGACUCCUAGACGCAGGUCUAGCCCAUCUUAGUACAGAUCUAACCUGCUUUAAUUAGCGCAAUGUCCGACCUCAUGUUAGAACCAACAUGUGAAAAAUUAUUAUUUUUUUACUUCAUAUUUCUAAUCUAGCAAAUUCUUGCAAUGUGAUUGCAAACUACAAUUUUACUACUCUGGUAUCUCUGAGGGUAGCCUUUUAUAACAUACCACCCAUAAAUGAACUAUCUUCUUAUAAGAUUAAAUACAAAUUAAUAUAUGUUUUUACAUUUUAGUC